CUUUACACUCACUGGCAGGCUCGGUGCUGGCUCGCUCGCUCACCAGCCUGGGAAGGAAAGUGGGUUACAGUGAGGCGCUCAGCUCACACACUGGCAGGGGAGCCUCAAGCUAGAGCGUCCAGGGGAAUAACCUCUCUGCCUUGGACAGCCUUGUCUUCUUCACCUUUUCUAGAGGGGUUUUCUAUUUUGUAACUCUCCCUUUUUAUUUUUGUUUGGUUUUGUUUGUUUGUUGUUGUUCCUGCGACUUUUCCUCCUCGACCCCUGUGUGGGUUUUCUGAGGGCUUUUGUUAAGUCUUAGAAGGGAAAGAGACUGAGCGAAGGAAAGAAGAGUUCCACCAACGGGGCAGAUCCGAGUUCCCUGGGCUGUGCAUGCCAGCCCGGGGUUGGUAAAGCCUUCUCUCCAGCCAGCCGCGUGUGCACACACGCCCUCCGGAGUGCACCUCGGACCUGCAACUCGGCUUGGCCACGAUGGUUGGGAGAGUUCAGCCUGAUCGGAAACAGUUGCCGCUGGUCCUACUGAGAUUGCUCUGCCUUCUUCCCACAGGACUGCCCGUUCGCAGCGUGGAUUUUAACCGAGGCACCGACAACAUCACCGUGAGACAGGGGGACACGGCCAUCCUCAGAUGUGUUGUAGAAGACAAGAACUCGAAGGUGGCUUGGUUGAACCGUUCUGGCAUCAUUUUUGCUGGACAUGACAAGUGGUCUCUGGAUCCCCGGGUUGAGCUGGAGAAACGCCAUUCUCUGGAAUACAGCCUCCGAAUCCAGAAGGUGGAUGUCUACGAUGAGGGUUCCUACACAUGCUCAGUUCAGACACAGCAUGAGCCCAAGACCUCCCAAGUUUACUUGAUCGUUCAAGUUCCACCAAAGAUCUCCAACAUCUCCUCAGAUGUCACUGUGAAUGAGGGCAGCAAUGUGACCCUGGUCUGUAUGGCCAAUGGCCGCCCUGAACCCGUUAUCACCUGGAGACACCUUACACCAACUGGAAGAGAAUUUGAAGGAGAAGAAGAAUAUCUGGAGAUUCUGGGCAUCACCAGGGAGCAGUCAGGCAAAUAUGAGUGCAAAGCUGCCAACGAAGUCUCCUCGGCGGAUGUCAAACAAGUCAAGGUCACUGUGAACUAUCCUCCCACCAUCACAGAGUCCAAGAGCAACGAGGCUACCACGGGGCGACAAGCUUCACUCAAAUGCGAGGCUUCGGCGGUGCCUGCACCUGACUUUGAGUGGUACCGGGAUGACACCAGGAUAAACAGUGCCAAUGGCCUUGAGAUUAAGAGCACGGAGGGCCAGUCCUCCCUGACAGUGACCAACGUCACUGAGGAGCACUAUGGCAACUACACCUGCGUGGCUGCCAACAAGCUGGGGGUCACCAAUGCCAGCCUAGUCCUUUUCAGACCUGGAUCGGUGAGAGGAAUCAAUGGAUCCAUCAGUCUGGCUGUACCACUGUGGCUGCUGGCAGCAUCUCUGCUCUGCCUUCUCAGCAAAUGUUAAUAGAAUAAAAAUUUAAGAAUAAUUAAACAUACACACACACACACAAAAAUGUCACACAGGAUACAGAGAGAGAGAGAGAGAAAGAGAGAGUGUGCAAGAUUGGGGGGGAGAACAUUUAUUUCACAGUUUUGUGUGUUUAUAAAUGAGGGAGAAAUAAUGCAAACGAAGAAACAGAUACAACAUUUUAAACAAUGUUAAAGUCCAUCAAUAAAAAUAUACCUAUACUUCAGAGUGGGGAAACAAAAUGCUACCAGGAUGUGUGUGUAUCUACUAAGCAAAUGAAGGCUUGUGUAAAGACUCUAUCAUGCUAAAGACAUCUGAUGUUGUAAAAAAAAUAAUAAUAAUAAUUAAUAAUAAGACAAGAAAUACCAGUUGGAAAUUAAGCAAAUCCCCACACACACUUUAUUCUUCCUUCCUUCAUCCUUUUUCACUUGUGGGGAAAAAAAGAAAUCAAGAUCUUACCUUCGGUGUUUAUAUUGCCAUGAUCUUUUACUUCUGUUUUUCAUUUGAGCUGACCUGUAGCCAUUUUGGACUAUCAAUGGAGUCCCUGUGUUGAGCUUUGGCCAGGCUCUCCUGCCUUCACGAACUCUCCAACUUUUGAGAUCCUCCCUCCCCCCCCAGUGUGUUCGAUCCUCCCCUAGGCCUCAUUCCAAACAGUCCCUUUCUAUCCACCCCUUCUCUUCACCCUCACUACUACCCCUUCCUCCCUCCUCCCCCUCCAGAGCACUCAUCAGGCCGCAAAUGCUAGGAAGUGCCAUUUUAAUUUCUCUCCACUGUGCGCGUGUGCCCAAGUCUCUCUAUCUCAAGUGAGUGUACAUGUGUAUGAGCGUGUGUGUGUCUCUCUCUAAAGCAUGCCAAGGGAAUGGCCCGUGUGUACAUAGACUCAUUGUGCUGUAGAUGCUGUCCUGCAUUGUAAUUGUGAGAUGCGGCUGUCACUA